AUGAAUAAUACCAGUUUGCCUUCGCUGGGGAACCUACCACAGUGGUCAAGAGUAGGACGACUGGAUAAAUCAAGCCAUCUUCAACUUGGCAUCGAGAAUAACCAGGGACCUCAGCCUCACUCUCAGUCCCAAUCUGUUGAAGUCUGGAAAAAAGACCCACAUAAACUAGUCAUGGAUUUGGAGAGAAGCCUGAAGUUCCUGCAGCAGCAGCAUGCUGAGACCCUAAUGAAGCUUCAUGAGGAAAUUGAGUAUCUCAGAAGGGAAAACAAAGAGCUUCAUUAUAAACUCAUAAUGAAUCAGUCGAUGCAGGUAAAAGGUGAUAAUUUAACUCCCACCUUGUCUGACAAGUUCCUUUCAAGGCAAGGUUCAGCAGCUGCUGCAGGCUCUAGGUAUUCACUGACAAACAGGCAGCAGAUGGACCAGCCCAAAAAGCAAAAACUGAAUACAGAAGAACAGGUGGUCACUGUGGUACAAGGGGAACCAGAGCCUCCCCGUCCAAAGGUGGAGAAGCCACAAGAGGAGGUUCUUUCUAGAGAGGACAGAGAAGUCUCUGAUAAAAUUACAUCUCCAGUACUUUCACUGCCAUGCCAGAUUAAAUCUGGGCAAGCUCAGGUACCACCAGCCUCCUCCAACCCUUUCCUGGUGAGUGUCCUCCCCUCCCACAUCCGGAAACCACCUACACUGGAAGAGUGUGAGAUUGUCAUUCACCAGCUAUGGAACAUCAACCACAUGCAGGCACAAGAGCUGAUGUAUUUGAAAUCGUAUCUGGAGGACAUCCACAAGAACAAAAGGAUUCCUGAAGAUUAUCUGCUAGCCAGCCAGAUUGGGAAUCAAGAAGUUUCACGAUUACCCAAAAUGCUAAAAGGUACAUCUAAGAAAUGUUUGAUUUUAACUCCACUGCCAGCUGCUGAAAGGGCAGUUCUGCCAGCACUGAAGCAAACACUGGGAAACAGUUUUGCUGAGAGACAGAAGAGAACUCAAGCUAUUCAAAGAAGCCGUCUUCGUCGCACUGUGCUUUAG